GCUGCUGGUUGUAAUGCAUGCUGAUACCUUAGUAUGCAGGAGAGAGAGAAGCCUCUACAAUUCUCUAUGCUAGCAGCUAACAACAGUGAAGAAAGAGAGAUUGCCAAACAUUCUCUUAUGUCCUCCUAUAGCAAUGUGCUACACACAAAUGUAAACAAGAUUUUUGUCUAAGUGAGGUUAAUUUUAAUGGAGAUUUGCGGACGGAAAGUCUGGUUUCCAUCUCUUUUAAUUGUACCUGAGUUCAGUUUGUCAUUAAGUAUCAUCAGCAUCAGCUAUAGCAAACUCACCGCUCACAUCUGUGGAGGUUGGCAGAAUAAAAGUGAAGAGAGUGUAUAUAACUACUGCUAGUCUUCUAUAUCAUACUGAAUCCACGGCCAGCAGUUUAAGAUUGUAAACAGCUAACAUGGCCAAGCAAUGGAUCUUUUUAGAAUCAAUGAAAACAUUUUGGUAAAAGAAAGAAAGAAGGUACCAAUCACCUAACUUAAUGUGAUUUACUAUUUGGCAUGCUUUGUCAUGCAACAUGGAGCAACUAUUACUAGUAGCUAUGUGUUAUUGUUAUUAUUUCCUCCCUUUUUUCUUCCUUUCUUCCCAUGUUUCAUCAUAUUUCAAUUUAUGAACAUAAACAAAUGUUAUCAUGAACCGGCUAAAAAAAAAUUGCAAUUUUUCACUCUCAUUUGAAGUUCCCAAACUAUGUAUAUCUCGACAAGAAGCUGCUGCAAAAGAUGAUGCAAAUAAAAGUCUGCUUCAGUUACCUUCAGAAGCACGUGUACGUUCAUCUAGCUUUGACACAAGCAGCCUUCCUAAUAAAGACAACCAAGAAUUUUUAAAAGUCCCCAAUACCGGGCGCCGAUCUAAUUCCUUUGAUGUUACCGCUAAUAUCGCUAUAUCAUCUGAUGAAGGUAUUUCAGACCAGGAAACUAAUUCAGGCAAAAAACUUCUUAAGUGGAGACGUGCUUCUUAUGAAAUUCCUAAACUGUGCAUACACUGCAUACACCUUGAAACCCUAUCAAAUCAAGAAUUAGAUACUGUCCUUAGUGAUAAAACCAGUCAACAACUAGAUUUGCUGACAUCUGACUAUCCGGGAGUGUUUACUUCUUCAUGUGAAUCUCUGUAUUCUUCAUCAUCUGAUCUUCCAGCUGACAGUGACUAUAGUGACAAAGAUGACAAUUCAGAAUGCAGUAUAUCUGCCCUUUCUUUACUGGAAACACAUUCUCCAGAUAAUAUUCAGGAUAGUCCUUCUCUGUCAAGCCCCCCUCUUUUGAUAAAGUCACCAAAUGAGCUGAGGCCUUCAAAUGAUAACCAACUUGAAGAAAUAUCUUAUAUUAAUGUCUUGACCCUUGAAGUGCCGACAGUUAAGUCGCAACGUUCAUCCUCUGUUGACACUGGAUGUUUACAAGUGUCACCUUCUGAUUCUUGGAAAUCUUCCUUGAGUGGAAAUGAAUUUCUUGAAGUGCCAGUCCAACCUCGGUCUAGCUCAAUUGACGUACGGCUACCAACUGAAGAAGACAAACAUUAUGUUGCAAUUAAUAAUGCCAACAGGAAAGCAAUUUCAAAGAGCAACUUCAGUCAUACCAAUUAUUUACAUCCUAACCAUGCUGAUCAUGGUUACCGAAAACGGGAUCUGCGCUCAACUAUCGAUUGGUCGGAUAUCGCAGUAUCAACAGAACAUCUUUGGGUGGAAACAAGUGCUUCAGGAGACAGCUGUUACGUAAUGGAUCCAGACUGUACAAAAUCUGGUCCAAGGAAAAAGUGUGUUGCUUGUAAAAUUGUUGCACAUAAAGAGUGUAUGGGGAUAUUAGAAAAGAAAAAUAUGCGAUGCAAGCCGACUUUUAGGGAAGCUGGCGUUCGAAACUAUCGAGAGCCAACGAAUAUGAGACAUCACUGGGUACAUCUUCGACGCCAGGAAGGAAAAUGUAAACAGUGUGGAAAGUCCUUCCAGCAAAGAUUCACCUUCCAAAGUAAGGAAAUCAUUGCUAUCAGUUGUUCCUGGUGCAAAAUGGCUUACCACAAUAAAAUCACUUGCUUUAUGAUGCGACACUUUGAAGAACAAUGUACCCUUGGCGUCCACAGUAACAUCAUCAUUCCACCAUCUUGGAUCAUCAAAUUACCUCGAAAGGGUUCAUUCAAAUCUUCUCUGAGAAAAAGAAAAAAGGCAUCAUUAAAAAAGAAGAAAAAUAAAGAUGAACAGAAAACUUUUAUUGUGAAGUCCAUUCCGUCACCGACAACUAAACCCCUUUUGGUCUUUAUCAAUCCAAAGAGUGGAGGAAACCAAGGGGCCAAAAUAAUGCACAAGUUCUGUUGGUUACUCAACCCUCGGCAAGUCUUUGAUUUAAGUCAAGGUGGCCCCACAUUUGGCCUUGAAUUAUACAAAAAAGUGCCUAAUCUUCGGGUGCUUGCGUGUGGUGGUGAUGGUACAGUUGGUUGGAUUCUAUCUAUUCUUGAUGAAUUAGCUAUCCAGCCUUCACCUCCUGUUGCCAUUCUACCACUAGGUACUGGGAAUGACCUUGCAAGAACUCUGAAUUGGGGAGGUGGCUAUACAGAUGAACCCAUCUCAAAAAUCUUGUGUCACGUUGAAGAUGGCCAAGUUGUUCAGCUAGACCGCUGGAAUCUAGAAGUGAUUCUAAAAGAAGAUGCAGAACCAGAUCCACUUGAUGAGGGUGCAGCUGAUAGACUGCCACUGGAUGUUUUCAACAAUUACUUCAGCCUUGGAGCUGAUGCCCAUGUUGCCUUAGAAUUCCAUGAGUCACGAGAAGCUAACCCAGAGAAAUUUAAUAGUAGAUUCAGAAAUAAAAUGUUUUAUGCUGGGGCUGGAGGUCGCGACAUGCUAAAACGCAGUAUGAAAGGGCUUGUGGACAACAUAAAAAUUGAGUGUGAUGGUAGUGAUUUAACGCAGAAAAUGAAAGACCUGAAACUACAUUGUCUUUUAUUUCUAAACAUACCGAAAUAUGCUGGUGGGACGACACCAUGGGGCCACCCAAAUGUGCUAGGAUUUGAAACACCGAGACAUGAUGAUGGCUAUUUAGAAGUUAUUGGUUUUACCUACACAUCGCUGGCAACAGUACAGGUCGGUGGUCAUGGAGAACGACUGACACAGUGUCAAGAGGUGAAGCUGACUACCUACAAAACAAUACCUAUGCAAGUUGAUGGUGAACCGUGCAAAUUAAAACCUUCCACGAUCAUAAUUAAUCUUAAAAAUCAAGCUAACAUGAUCCAGAAAUGUAAGAGACGUGGAUCGAUGCCAAUACUUGAUCCACCUCCAGCAAAGAGGCUAGGUAUACAGGUCAGUCGAAUCUGUAUGUCAGAUUAUGAAGCAUUACAUUAUGAUAAAGAUAAAUUGCAAAGUGCAUCUACAAAAUGUGGUAAUAUAGUGGUGGACAAUAAUGCUGACUUGGAGCAAGUACGAGAGCACAUCAAUCAGUUAUACAUGGAAACAUUUGGUCCAGUAGUUGAUGAAAUGCCGUUGAAUUGGUGUUUUUUAGACUCAACAACAGCUGAACGAUUCUUUCGAAUUGACAAGGCUCAAGAGCAUUUACACUAUAUCACUGAUAUAUCUUCUGAGGAUCUGUUCAUCCUAGACCAUAACUUCAUACCGCUGACCAAAGUCUCCACAGUCUCUAAAAUGACUGAUGAAAACCAUGCUGUGAUAAAGAAUGCUGAUAAAAAUUUACACAACGAUGAACAACAACCAGAGCUCACUAUUUCCAUUCCUGUUUCUGCACCAAAGUCUCUCAGUUGUCAGCCUGAAUUCCCUGGUGACAAAUUUCCAUUGUCUACUGUCGAACCACACUGCCUUAACUCUUUAGACCGAAUGGUCAUUGAUGCCUCUAAACAUGGAGAUUUACAAAAGUUGCACGUCCUUCAUCAAGAUGGUGCCAACUUUUUAACUCAGGAUGAAUAUGGAAUGACUGCUCUUCACCAUGCUGCUAGUAAUGGUCAAAAAGAUAUUGUGAAGUACCUCAUAGAAAAUGCCCCACCUGUGAUACUAGAUGUAGUAGAUAAUGAAAGAGGUCAAACUGCUUUGCAUAGAGCUGCCCGCUGCCAGAACCGGGCAAUCUGCUAUCUGUUAGUUGAAGCAGGAGCCUCACUAACUAAGACAGAUUUUCAGGGACAAAGCCCAAGGCAGCAAGCUCUGCUGGCUGAUGACAUGGAGCUGGCAAAUUAUUUAAAAAGUAAAGAGCAUUUCCAGCUCGUGGUUUCUGAAGACCAAGAAACUGCCGUUUAGAAAUGUAAACAUUUGUGGCUGAAAAUCAAAUUUGGCCCCCACACAUGAUUUUUCUCCAAACUGCAACUUAGCUGAAAAUCAUGAAUGUUACACUGGAUUUAAAAUUGAACGAAAAAAAAAAGAAGAAAAAAAAAAAGAAAUCAUGCACCAUUUGUAUCUCGUUAUAACAAACAGUUACAAAACUUUUAUAAAUAUUAACGAUGAUGAUCUUGCUAUUUAGCAAAUGAGUUGCAAUGUUUUUGUUUUUUUUUUAAAUAUUACUGGAUAUUCAUUAAUUCACUGUGUAACACAGGAUACAUGUUUUCUUCAAUGUAUAUUUUUUUCCUUUUUUUUUUUUUUGGUCUUCCAUCGUGGCUCAAUAAUAAUAAUAAUAAUCACUCAGAUUCUGAACUAUAUAUAUAUAUAUUUUUUUUUUUAAUAUCAAAAUACUUGAGAAAAUUUUCACUAUGUAUAGAUUACUUAUGAAAGUAAUCAAUUUUCACAACAGUUCAUCUGUGAUGGUCAGUGGUAAAUGUAUUUAAAAUGAUAAUAUAACAAACACCCUGUACUCCUUCAUUGUAGGUUAAAAAUUAUUUAAAGUCAAAAUCUCAUAUAUAAAACAAAAAGGGAAUCAUUUAAUGACUGCUGAGACAUCCAUAGUUUUAUAAUAAUGUGUAUGUAUGUGUGUAUAUAUAUGUAUGUGUGUGUGUGUGUUAUAUGUUUGUGUAUGUGUAUAUAUUUAUAUAUGUGUAUAUAUUUGUAUGUAUAUGUAUACACAUACACACACAUAUAUACUUAUAUGGAGAACCUCUUUUCUGUAAGACGUGUAGGGAAAACAUGAUUAUGUCCUAUUUUGAUCUUUUUCCUUCAUAUUUUCAUAUAAGACCCUUCCAUCUCAUUUGGAACUAUAAAGUCCCUAAGAAAACAUCAUUUCCAGACAUUGUUGGCCUCAUCUUCACAACAUGAAAUAUUGUACUAUUGUUGACGUGUAAAAACAUGUACAGCACAAAAUACAAUUUACAUAA